AAAUCGUGGUAUGUGUUAGUGGGUUGGAGUCAGUCGACAGCUGCCUCGGCUUCCACAACACGACUUGACGCCCACAUUACACAACUGAACACCAAAAUUAGGACAAAAUGGACUUCUCUAUCAGGGCUGCUAUUGUGGAGGACUGCAAGGAUGUGGCACGGAUGAACCUGGAUCUGGCCACGUACGAGAAGGUCCCAGAGCAGGUGACAGUCACACAGAAAGAUUUGGAACAAGAUGGUUUCUCCAAGAACCCGUUCUUCCAGUGUCUCAUUGCUGAGGUCCCUCAGCAGCACAAAAGUAAAGAUGGUUACACAUUGAUCGGCUUUGCACUUUACUUCUACUCGUACAGCGCAUGGAGAGGGAAGUCUAUCUACUUGGAGGACCUGUACGUCAUGCCGGAAUUCCGAGGGCAAGGUGUGGGUAAAGCGUUAUUGAGCAAAGUAGCACAGUGUGAUGUCUUGACUGUUGCAGCAGGGUUUAGCUGCAGGCUGCCACAUGCUCAACUUCACCGUGCUGCACGCCAACCAGUCGUCUGUGGACUUUUACCUGCGGCGAGGCGGCUUCGACAUGACGUCUGACGUGGGCUAUCACUUUAUGGCUUUCGAAGAGGACGCCAUGCAGCAGCUGGCACGGACCUGACACUCGAACCUUGACCAUCGCAUGUGGAGACGAUCAAACCGCCGUGAUGUUAUUGCUCACAUUAAAAUUAAUCUUUAUCAUUUUCUUCUUUCACUACCGUUGUCCGGGGGUUUACUUAUGCUAAGGUAGCAAAUUUGAUUGGCUUACUAUUUUCAUGGAAACAAUGAUUUCUGAGGUUUUUAAGCUAAUGCUGAUCGUCAAAGAUGAAACAUUGUAUGACAAGGAGUCCAAACUUUCAUACUUUUUCUUCAUCCAAUCCUAAAGAAAAUCCAAUGUCGAUCAACAUAUGCUGAAAUCUUAGGUUUGUGUUUUAGGUCAAUGGUCCCCAACUACCGGGCCGUGGCCUGUGGCCCUAUUGGUACCGGGCCGCAGAAGAAUUUCUUUAUUAAUUUUUAUUUAAAAAAAAAAAAAAAAAAAACGUUUUUUAUUUUUUUAUUAAAUCAACAUAAAAAACACAAUAUACACUUACAACUAGUGCACCAACCACAAAAACCUCCCUUUUUCAUGAAGAAAACGUCCCUUUUUCAUGCCAAAGAAAAAAUAAAAAUAAAAAAUAAAAAAUAAAAAUAAAAAAACAUCCCCCCCGGGCCGCGGGACAAAUUAUUAAGCGUUGACCGGUCCGCGGAUACAAAAAGGUUGGGGACCACUGUUUUAGGUGACAAAUCAGUGUAAUGAAAUUUAGGUUUUUCCAUUCUUUUUCCAAUUUGUAUUGUUAACAAGCAAACAUCAGUGCUGUCCCCUUAUUGUACAUGAAACAUGUCUUCCAGAUAAUUAAAUUUGUUAAAUGUA